GAGGAGAGAUCAGAGGGCAUGGGAGUCAGCCCGCCCCCUAGCUGCUUGAGCUUGCGUUUUUUCCGCUUCUCUCUUUCGUUCUCUCACGGGCGGAGCCUUCUGUGAGCACUGCAGGAUUUGUCGGUGCUACCGUCUUUCUUCUGGGUUUCAAUAAAGUUUUCCUCUUGCUCCCCGUGUACGGAGCUCAAGAUGGCGGCCUCCUGGUCGCCCUUGGUUACUCUCCGCUUAGCGCAAAGCCGGCUGAGAGGGAGAUGUGUUGGGUGCAGGGCCUGGGCCGCUGCUCUCGCCCCUCCGGCCACCGCCCCUGGAAACUCUCUCUGUAAAGCCUAUACAAUUCAGACCUCUGAGAGUAUAUCUCCAGCUGCUGCUACAGAGGCUUAUUCAAAAGCUUUGGCUGUUUGCCAUGGACCACUGGACCACUAUGACUUUCUGAUCAAAGCUCGUGAGCUAAAGGAUGAUGAACAUCAAAGAAGAGUCAUACGGUGUUUGCAGAAAUUACAUGAGGACCUUAAAGGAUACAGUAUAGAGGCAGAGGGCCUUUUUUCAAAGCUUUUUUCAAGGAGCAAACCUCCAAGGGGCCUGUAUGUUUAUGGAGAUGUUGGUACAGGGAAAACAAUGGUGAUGGACAUGUUUUAUGCUUAUGUGGAAAUGGAGAAGAAAAAACGGGUUCACUUUCAUGGUUUCAUGCUAGAUGUUCACAAAAGAAUACACCGCCUUAAACAGAGUUUGCCGAAAAGGAAACCAGGAUUCAUGGCUAAAUCAUAUGAUCCGAUAGCUCCCAUAGCUGAAGAAAUCAGUGAAGAAGCAUGUCUCUUAUGUUUUGAUGAAUUUCAGGUCACUGACAUCGCUGAUGCCAUGAUUCUGAAACAGCUUUUUGAAAAUCUGUUCAAAAACGGGGUCGUCGUUGUGGCAACAUCCAACAGGCCACCGGAAGAUCUCUAUAAAAAUGGACUCCAAAGAGCUAACUUUGUACCGUUCAUAGCUGUACUUAAGGAAUACUGUAAUACUGUCCAGCUAGACUCUGGGAUAGAUUAUCGGAAAAGGGAACUUCCUGCUGCAGGAAAACUCUACUACCUCACAAGUGAAGCUGAUGUGGAGGCUGUCAUGGAUAAGUUGUUUGAUGAGCUGGCUCAGAAACAAAAUGAUUUAACUAGACCAAGGAUUCUAAAAGUGCAAGGCAGAGAGCUGCGACUGAAUAAAGCCUGUGGAACCAUUGCCGACUGCACAUUUGAAGAGCUAUGUGAGAGACCACUUGGCGCCAGUGACUAUUUGGAACUGUCAAAGAAUUUUGAUACAGUAUUUUUACGAAACAUUCCACAAUUUACCCUGGCAAAGAGGACCCAUGCUCGGAGAUUCAUAACUCUCAUUGAUAACUUUUAUGAUUUGAAGGUGCGUAUAAUUUGCUCUGCAUCAGCUCCCAUAGCGAGCUUAUUUUUGUAUGAACAUCAUGACAGUGAGUUGGAGCAAAGCAGAAUACUGAUGGAUGAUUUGGGGCUGAGCCAGGACUCAGCGGAAGGACUCGCCAUGUUUACUGGAGAAGAAGAAGUCUUUGCAUUUCAGCGCACAAUUUCCCGACUCACAGAAAUGCAGACUGAACAGUACUGGAAUGAAGGGGACAGAAGCAAGAAGUAAUCAUCACUUUCACAUGAAUAAAACUGGGCAAAUGAUUGCCGCAGGGAGAACUCUUUAUUAUGGGACUUGAAGGAAUCAUUUUCUCAUCAUUAAUUAUGCACUUUGUCCUCUGGACCAUUUUUAUCUUUGCUGUCAAAGAUGUAGUGGAUUAGUAAGUUAAAGCCAUUUUUAGAUCUACUUUUUACCUAUUUAUUUGGCCUUAUUUCUGCACCACAAAAUUAAAAUCAGCGCUCCUGAAGAUGAAUGCAGGACCAGACAUUUUGGCUUCAUAUUAAGCCACCUGAAUGAACCUUGAAUACACACACUUAGUAAAUGCAGGGUGCCUGGACAUCUCCAGCUUUGGCUACAUGGUAGUGGCAUGAUACAAACACAUCUUUUACGAAUUUAAAACAAAGAAAGCUUUCUGAUCUUAUUUUAAACUAAAGUCAAUAACAUUUUAGAAUAUGGACUUAUCUCAUGGAUUCGGGGGUGGGGGCUAUAAACUACACUCGCCUUACAACAGAGAGUAUGUUUUUCACUCAGAGUUCAUAUUUGGCAGGCAGGACUUGAUAUACAGCAGACAUGCAGUUUCCUGAAAGAAAAAAAAAAAAUCAAGGAUCAUGAUGCCAUAGAAUAAGGAAGAAGGCUGUCAAAUUCCAACUGACAGGAAGUUUCCCCCAACUCUGACAGCCAGGAGGAGGACAGACACCAGGAAUGGGGACCAAUGAGAGGGUAUCAGGAGAGGCAGAGUCCUGGACACGCCAAGCAACAGAGUGGACUCCUGCUCACGAGGCCUCGGGACCCCAGGGACCGCGGCUCCUUCCUGCUACUCCCUUGCAUUUGCUCGGGUCACAGGAUGUCACCCCCAUCCAUGCCUCAGCUUCUGCAGUACCGUGGGCCCAACAAUAAAGUGGGAAGAACGCCUGAUGAACCUACUUAAAUAAAAUCCAGUUUGUCCUCCAUCAAAGUCUAUCCCUGACUCAUUCAGAUAAAACCUGACUUUGCUAACCAUGUUUGCAGAAGGAAUUUUGGUUGAGACUCUUAUAAGAGUAAAUCCCUCUACAAGAAAAGAAA